UGUACACCAAGAGUUGCGCAGGUCGUUCAUGGUCUUGUCGAACAGAUGAGUCACUACGACAUGCUCUUCGCAGUGUUUUGUCCUACCAUGACUCGACAACUUUGACAGCAAGUCCACAGUAUCACGGCCAUGCUUGCUGAAGCUUCAUCCCUCCCAGGAUCGUCAUGUUCGGACAGGCCAGCAGAGCGUCGGAGGCGGAAGAGGAGAGCCUGCCAGAGGUGUCGGAUUCGCAAGCAAAAAUGCGACGGACAAAACCCCGCCUGUCGCAAUUGUCUAGCAACAGGACAUGAGUGCGUGCCAGCGACACGAGAGGCCAUGGAUCUCUACUCUGUCGAUUAUGUCCGGUCGCUGGAACAUCGUCUUGCGGACAUGGAAGGGAGACCACAUCACCAGAUGCCAACACAUGGCUUGCAGCCUCUCCCUGUGCCGCCGAUGGUCACUCCACAAAACAAACCUGGUGAUGUCCAGGUCAACGUAGCUCCGUCAAUCGACACCAUGCAACCGCAGCAGCAGAUUUUUCAGCCACCCAUCAACGAACUCGACCCUCAACCUGCGUUCUCACAGGCAUUUGCCGAGCCCGACUAUAUCUCCAGUACCCCCUUGCAAGGCGCAGCCGACUACACAGAGAACGCCGGAAAUACUUUGGCAUCUGGAGACAUUGACUUCACUUUUACGUUGACGCCGCCUCGCACGGUCCCAAGGCAGCCGGAUGAUGUUCCAGUCUCGACCAGCGAUGCUGCAAGCUAUUUCUUUGUCUACUUCGAAGUCAUUCAUUCCCGUUAUCCCUUCCUCAGGAUCCAGGAUUGCUCUAGCGCCUAUCUGGACUGGAAGGAGCAUCGUCAACUCCCUGGCUCUUUCCAAAGCACCUGGCAUUUGUUCCUGGUAACGAUGAUAUUUGCUAUUGGCACGCGAAUCGAGCAGUCACACAACUCACGCGCAAGGCGGGCUCAGCGUCUGAGCCUCGUUGCUAGGAUCGACAGCGUCCAGGGAAUUAUUUCUGACUCACAGUCUUCUCCUUUGAUGCGGUUGCAAGCCUUAUUGCUCUAUGUGGUCUUUGCCAUGCUUGGCGACAGUACCUUUGGACUUGUUCAUGUGACGGGAAUAGCUAUGCGCUUCGCAACUCUGCAUGGCUUUCAUCGUUUGAGAUCAUCAUCUGAGGCUGAAAACGAGGAGAUGAGUCUCAAAUCAAGAGCCUGGUCGUGUAUCUAUGCUAUAGAUCGAAUGAUCAGUGGAACUCUCCGAAUCCCAGUCUGUGUUGCCGACCCCGAAAUCAGUUCACCUUUGUAUGAAGGGCAGACAUUGAGCCUCGAAACGAUGCCAUGGGUUGCAGAUUCUCCCGAAAGUGAUACUCAAACAGAGCUUGUUGACCUCACCUAUUUCAGCCACAUGAUUCAAUUUCGACAUAUCCAAUCGAAAAUAAUCCAUGGAGCUCCAUCACUACAGCCUGGACAAGUUCAGGGAUUCAUCGAAUAUAUUGACCACGAGAUCAAGGAAUGGUCGAAAGAGAAUGAAGCUUCGACGCGCACUCAACGCGGCGACGAAGGAUAUUUCAGCCAUCUCUGGCUCGACCGCUCUAUUUCUAUCGUUGAAGUUCAGUUAUACAGCACACUUGAAGACCUCACAGAUCCGGUGAAUGUUCAUAGGCUGUUUCAAGCCUGCUGUAAUGCUUGCAACGCAUUCCGGGCUGCGCAAAAGUCGCGUCAAUUGAUUCGACAGUGGAUCGAUACAAUUUUCGAGUUUCAAGCGGGUGUGACGUUGUUAUAUCUGAUGUGGCGUGGGAAUGCGCCGAACUGGCAGGAAGCCGAGCGUGCUGUUCGCAACUGCAGAUCUGGCUUAGUUAUCUCUGCAGAAGGAUCGUCUGCUGUGGAGUGUUUCCUCGACUGUAUCGACAAUCUGGUCUCGCUGGUGUCUGGAGGUCCGUUGGAGAUACUCACGAGGACUGCAACACAUCCGGAAACGAUACAAGAGCUGAAAACAAUCGUCGACAAAGUGAUCGACAUCGGCAUUGCUCCUCAUAUUAGCAACAAGUUACGAGAAAUGUGCCAGCAAUCUUUCCAACCUUGAGGCUACCAUUCGACGGCAUCAUUUGCUCUGUCAUAUUCUCUUCCUUACGACAGACAGUCUAAUUCGAUCUUUAGAGCCACAGUUGUGAUGCCGUGACGACAGCACAGAAUGUAUCCGCCCCAAUGCGAAGCUCGCCGCGACUAAUUAGCGUUCAGGAAUGUCCAAUUCCAAAGGUAUUGCCAUACUUCAUCAUUCAGCUUGGAGAACCUUCUGAACCAAUUCUUCUGAAUAGGUCUGGACCGCCUCGUUCACAUCUUGUCGAUGCUGCGAAAUGUAUGUGGGAAUACCGUUCACCCUGUUAUAUACAGCGGGUACCGGCUCGCCUAGAGUCUCAGUGACGGGGACGAAUCCAGCCCAGACACGUUGACGCAUCUCCCCGUCUUCCAAAUCUGCCUUGUCGUCACCGGGAGGAUCAGCUUUGACUUUGCCGCUUCCUGUCUUGAUUGCUACACGCACGAUACCUGUGCUGGUAAUAUCGGCCUUUGUUGGUGGGAGCCGUGAGUUUUCCCAUCGUCCACGUACGACUUUGUCGGUUAUGAUCCGCAUCCCAUACAGAAUCUCUUCCGGGUCAGUCACAAUAUUGGCGUAUCCGUACAAGACGACGGAGCGGUAGUCGUAAGAGUGAUUGAACCCGGAGAGGGCAAGAAGGAGACCGUCGACUUUUGUCGCAGACAGACAAAGCGGUAGGCCUGGUUUGCCAGCUUCACAUGCUUUGCGCACGAGGUUGUUCAGUCGCGAUGAGACGUAGCCGUGCAAGUAACAGUCAAGGGGCUCGUCGAGGCCAGCGGAGGGGUUCGCAAAGGAUCCCAUCGCGCCAAUCAUGGGCAGGAUCACAGGAAAAUCGUCCAGGUUGGAGUCGAAGCCAGGUGCGAAAGAGACAUUCAACACUAGAGAGGUGUUGAUCAGGGUGUGAAUGGUUUCAAGGUCAUAUUUACCUCGAUGGCCGCGACGGUUGACGGUGUUGAGGGAUGUCUUGGGAUAUUCAAAAGUGCGACCCAUAUUGAAGACGAUGUUUGGAGAUGGGCCAGACAACGUGCUGGUUGUACAAGAUAGUUUCUACCAGGGCUGUGAGAGAUGUGAGGUUGUACGAUUUUCGAGUCGAUGAAUGAAUAUCUUCCUGGUUGGGAAGCACUGGGUCUGGACCAAUAUGCUACCGGUUGAUCAUAAUCGACCAAAUUUAUACCCUCCAAUGAGUCACUGCACACUUACUUUGAGGAUCCGGGGACAAGAGC